UUGCGUAUAACUUUUUAGUUUUAGUGCCAAUCGAAUCUGUUUAGAGUACGCGCGUGUUAUGGUCUUGAUGUGUGAAUUCUGCUAGUAAAUUACAUUUUGGAAUUAAAACGAUUCAAAACAACGUGUCGUAGGAAAUAUUUACAUUAAGGACAACAUCUCUAUAAAGUAAGAGUAUAUUAAGAUGCAAUCAAUACUACUAAUGAGUUUGUUUGUGAACGUGUUAAUGAUGAGUAAAGCUGACCAUAGCACAAGACAUGUUAGACACAGCUAUCCACGUGAAACACCAAGACGUCAGCAACGUCAAUGGCAAUCGACAAAUUACAGAAAUUACGAGCCUAAACAACAUUACUAUUCCGGAUUUACAAACGCAGUUCGACAAAAUACACUUACAGCAGAAAUUAUUAACUUACUCCAUGAAUUAAAUAAUAAUCUAUCUACGCAAAAACAAAGACAAUACUACCAACCAAUCUUCGUACCAUAUCCCGUACCAUUGUCGAUACCUUCAACUAAUUACGGGAAACCAAACGUUGUACCGAACAAACCAGUGCCAGCACUCCCUAGUAGAAUAAAUUUUAUUGACGACGAAAAAGAUUACAUGAGACCAAUAAUGUUGAAGCCGGUGACAGCAGCUCCCUUUACAACAACCACAACGAAGAUUAGUGACGCUGAAAGUGCUAUUGUAUUCAAGGAUGAAAGUCAAAACGAUAUCAGAAAACCUUCAAGAUGCGAAGCAGCUAUUCUAGUUUGUUGUAGAUUCGCAGAACCUGAUCAAAUAAAGUCGUGUUUCGAAGAAUAUGGCUGUAGUAAAACAUAUUCUACAAAACUUGCAUGCGAGAAAAAAUCCAUACAAACAGUUAUUCAAAGAUUCGCCGAUAUGUUUGGCCCGAAAUAAUAUUUAAAUGCCAUGUUAUUAAUGAAAACGAGGCAAGCGACAAUUUGAACUUGUAACAUUUAAUAAAUCGCCGUAAUGCUAGAACACAAAAACAUUUUUGAUCAUAUAAAGUAUAAAUUACAUGUACAACAUCAAGAUUAAAUGUAACAAAUUUGGGGAUCAAGUGAAAGUCUGCAUAAUGACAUCAGAAUAAAAUACUAUACUAUGGCACGUAUAGCUGUAGUUCAAAAUUGUGUAUCAAGUCAACCAACCAAUACUAGUGUGGUUGGUUGAGGUCUAGUCACACCUAACGUAAGGUGAGUUUGAGCACCUCACUAAGGACAUACGAGCUAACGUAGAUGUGUAUUUACACUUCGAAGUAUGUAGGUAUUGCGAUAUGAUAUAAACGUACGUUUGACGGCGAUUGGAAAUACCCACGUUAUAUUUAUCCAACGAUUCCGCAAGAGGAAAAAUAUUUAUCGGUUGAUGUCGCUCAUUAUAUGUUAAAGAAUUAUAAAAUAAAUCACUGAUUAGACGGGCGGUUUUAUAACGCGCGUAAAAUAAUGUUGAAAUAAACAAAUGCAUUUCAAUGCUUUUGUCACGAUAACGCAACACGUUAAUGUAAUCGUAGCAAUAGAGUGGGCGUCCACCUUUAACUAUCCUGUCGCAUAACUGGUGUACGACAGUCGAUUGUUUCAUAGCCAAUUCAGCAUAACUAAAAAUCGAGUGAUUGUGUGCAUCUCCAUAUAACCUCAUAAGAAUUAAGGUAACUAAACAGUUGUGCGAUGGUUUCAGGUGUGCGCACGCUCUAAACAGACCCCUUUGUGUGCAUAUGACAAACAGCAAUGGACAUUUGUCAAACGUGAAGAUACUAAUUAUACCUUGCAUGUGUUGUUUUAUUUAACCGCAAGUUUUUAUCGGCACAUCAAUAUGUAAAUGUACUGUGGUUUAUUGUUAUCUUUUGUAUGUGUGAUAUAUUUUAUUAAAAAUUAUUCAUCUAUUUUAGC